GUUUCAUUCUUUGAUGAUUAAACUAAUUCAAUCUUUCUGUUUUUGUAAAUCUUUUUUCGCUUAUUCUAAAUUUUGAACAAAAGAAAUAAUUUAAAAAAAAGACUUACCAUGCCUGCAGUUUCCUGUCUCCUGCAUAUCCUUGUGCUUUCUCUUUCUGACAGGAAAUUUACAUUUUCCCUAUAUUUCGGAUUUGAAAAAUCCCAUUUUUUAAGCAUAUUCUGAGCUACUUGUUCCCCAUUUCUCUGCAAUACACUCUCUUUCUAUAUCUGUAUCUAUUAUUUCAAUGAUAGUUACCACAACCCUUUAUUACAGACUUCUCUGAAGCUACCUGGAAGAUACCACAAACAAGCAUUUUGAGCUAAAAUGCAAUUUAAGCUUCAAUUCUGGAUCUAAAGUUAUAAUCUUUUCUUGAUUUAAAAGACCCCCAUUUGAAUUAAAGCUAUAAAAAUGGUGGGUUUAGUAGAAUCUUGGUGUUUCUGUAAUGGGGUGGCAUUUUGAUCUAAAAUGCUAUUUUAGCUUCAAUUCUGGAUUUAAAGUUACAAUCUUUUCUUGAUUUAAAAGAACCCCAUUUGAAUUGAAGCUGCAAUGAUGGUGCGUUUAGUAGAAUCUUGGUUUCUGUAAUGGAGGUGACAUUUUGAGCUAAAAUGCUAUUUCAGCUUCAGUUCUGGAUUUAAAGUUACAAUCUUUUCUUGAAUUAAAAGAACCCCAUUUGAAUUAAAGCUAUAAAAAUGGUGGGUUUAGUAGAAUCUUGGUGUUUUUGUAAUGGGGGUGGCAAGUCUGAGAAAAUGAAAGGUACCAUUUUUUCAAGCAAAGGUCCUGCUAUGGCUCGUAUAGCUGCUACUGGUACUGGUUUCUUGAUCCACCGGAAUCUGCUGCUUACAACACAUGUUAUUCUUCCUUCUGUGGCUGCUGCUGAAUCUGCUGAGAUCCACCUCCAAAAUGGUGUAGCUGCUUGCCUUUUUCCCCACAGGUUCUUUAUUACGAGCUCUAUACUGGAUCUGACUAUAGUGGGCCUUGAUGUCAUGGAUGGAGACACAAAUGCGAAUGUUCAGCAACCUCACUACCUGAAAACUUGUUCCAAACCUAGUCUGGAGCUGGGUAAUGUCGUUUAUCUGUUAGGUUAUAGCGAGAAAAAGGAGUUGACAGCUGGCGAAGGAAAAGUGGCAAUAGCCACUGACAAUCUUAUAAAGCUGUCAACUGAUGGAAUAACUUGGAGGCCGGGUUCUGCUGGUUUUGAUGUUCAUGGCAAUCUUGCCUUUAUGGUAUGUGAUCCUAUGAAGCUAGCAACAUCUCCUAACUCCAAAUCCUCGUCAACUUCACCGUCCCCAUUAUCAUCAUGGAAAGACUGUCCUAUGCAAUUUGGCAUACCGUUACCUAUCAUAUGCGACUGGUUGAACCAACACUGGGAAGGGAGCCUUGAUGACCUCAACAAACCCAAGUUACCGCUGAUUCGGCUGAUGUCGUCUGGUCAAAAGAGUGAGCAUUCUUGUGCCUCCUUCACAAUGCGGCGCAUUUUUAAGUCAACUGAAGCUGAUAAUGAAGGGACACCAUCAUCUUCGAACCGAAUAUCGAGACCUAGAGAGGAUCCGGGACCAAGCUGUUCUGCUGUUGCCACUAAUUUGGAAGAGGAAGCAGUAACUCCUGAUCCGCAUGCUAUUAUCACUCAUGUCCAGGGAGUUCCAACUCCUGAAAUUUUUGAGUCGCGAAAGUUAACUUCAACACCAGCUAGGAAGAAGGAAAGUAGUACUCAAAUCCAGCUUUUGGAUAUUAAUUUUCCACCAAGGAUUAUUAAAACUGCUGAGUCACCACAGCUUGCCCGUAAGAUCUUAUCCAAUGCUGAUGAUAAUUUUAUCAAUAAAGCGAGAGAAGAAAAAUCAAGUGGCGCUGAGGUUUCCUCGACUGGAUCUGUUAAUGGGGCCCAGAGUGAGGUUCAAUCAAGUUCCUCUCUCAUAGAAGUAUUGGAAGCUCAAAAUGAAUACAGUAGCGAUGGAGAGACGACAAUGUACUCUGCAGAAACUGCUGAAAGCCGAAACUAUCCAAGUCCUAAAGGGGGAAAGUUUCAGCAAGUAGGCAGAAGCCAAAGUUGUGUUAACUACAACAGAUGGAAGCCGACUUCAAAAAUUUCAGCAGCUCGUAGGGCAACGCAAGAACAGAAGAGGAGCACUAUGCAAGGAAGAAAGGUCUAUUCACAAGGGGCAACUUCUCAAAGGAGUAACGACUAUUACAGCCCGACAGUAGCUUCAAUCAUGAAGAAACGGAAUAACUUGGAGCUGCAAACCAAACCCCGUCUAAGUGCAGGAAAUUCAUCGCCAAGAUGGAAUUUCUGAUUGAGAAAUUCUGAAAAAAAAUCAUUCUUUUUAUCAAGCUCUCCUUUUUUUGGGCUUAUAUACAGGUUAUAUUGGUGAUUUACUGGGACUUGAAUGACAUUCACUAGUUAAGGAUUGGCUAGUAACUGCUGCUUAUCAUUCUGUUGGCUGACAAAGCAAAAUAGGUGAUACAACAUAGAAAUUCAAGUGUAAUGAGAAGUGAAAACAAAGGAAAUGUGUGGUACUGUAUUCUCUGAGGUAAAUAAUUCUCAGAAAAAGUAACUUGCUUUUUCUGAAGUGUAACUUAACCUCAUUUUGAUGCAAUUCCUUAUUAUGUAUAUUUACUCUAUGCAAACCAAUAAAAUUGGCUUCACUUUCA